AUGAAGGUGAACGUCACCAGGACGGUGACCUAUCAGAAGUCCUUCACCACCUACAACUCCUGUGGGGGUUGGUGCCCAUGGAAGGUCUGCCCGAAGCUGGUCUACAGGACCCUGCAGCGAACGACUGACGUCGAAGUCAUGGAGAGCCGAGUGGACUGUUGCCAAGGCUAUGAGCAGCUUGGACAUCACUGUGUGCUGCUGGCAGAAGGUUACUUCCACCUGCUGAUUGAAAUCAAGCAAGACGUUAGAGAGAAGGCAGAGCUGGACCUCAUGAACCACCUAAGAUUUCUGCACUCAGUGGUGACCGGUGCCUUGUAUCCCCUGAACGCCUCCGUGUACCACAUUGAGACACAAUGGGACAGCACGCACAAGACACGCUCCAGGCUCCUGCUGGGCACCCGACCUCCCGUUUCGCUGACCAACGUGACCAAGAACCUCCAGAAGCUUCUGAUAACUGUGGCCGAAGUUUGCCAGUUGGAGGCCGAAGACGUCAACGAAUGUGACGAAGUGGCCCUGAACUCGUGCUCGGGGGGAGCGAGGUGUGUGAACACAGACGGUUCUCACAACUGCACGUGCCAGGAGGGUUUCACAGUCAGGCAGCCUUCCAGCAGAGGCAGGGAAUGCACAGAUGUAAGCACAACAGUCCCGCCUUCUAAGACAACACGAUCUAGCAAGGAUGGGAUUACCUCAGCCCUCAUUGAAUUGAAAAGGUCUCCAGCUUUUGCUCCACCUGAACAAGGCUGCACUCCAUCCCCGGUUGUAAACCUGACAGCGUCCGCUGUCACCAGCAGAGGGUUUCUAGUCACUUGGACGACAGACACCAAGGAAGAGCGAACUUUUACCGUGCGGGUGUCAGCGAGCGGCAGGGCGGUGAGCCAGACACAAACCCCCGAGCUGGAGUGGGCGGUGUCAGGAUUGGAGCCGGGCACGGAGUACACGGUCAGCGUCACCUCCGGAGCGUGCGAGCAGGAGAGCGCGGCCAGAGAACUCAGCGUAACAACAGAAUCUGCAGCCAAUGCUGUUCCCUCCAGCCAGAGAACGUCCAAGAAUGGCCUUGUCUCUACUAUGACCGUCUACUUAAACACGUCCAGAUUUCCACCCGGCUUCCCAUACUUAUACGUGCCUCCAUGCUCUCCGUCCCCGGUUGUAAACCUGACAGCAUCCGCUGUCACCAGCAGAGGGUUUCUAAUCACUUGGACGACAGACACCAGGGAAGAGCAAACCUUUACCGUGCGGGUGUCAGCGAGCGGCAGGGAGGUGAUCCAGACACAAACCCCCGAGCUGGAGUGGGCGGCGUCAGGACUGGAGCCGGGCACGGAGUACACGGUCAGCGUCACCUCUGGAGCGUGCGAGCAGGAGAGCGCGGCCAGAGAGCUCAGCGUGACAACAGAAACCUUCGUGAGUCACCUCACAUCCAUCUCCAGCUCCAGAUUGUCGAGCACUGGCUUUGUUUCCACCAUGACUAUCUACCUGAAUAGCUCCAGGUUCCCAGCUGGCUUUGACUCCGCAUGCUCUCCGUCCCUGGUUGUAAACCUGACAGCGUCCGCUGUCACCAGCAGAGGGUUUCUAGUCACUUGGACGACAGACACCAGGGAAGAGCAAACCUUUACCGUGCGGGUGUCAGCGAGCGGCAGGGCGGUGAGCCAGACACAAACCCCCGAGCUGGAGUGGGCGGCGUCAGGACUGGAGCCGGGCACGGAGUACACGGUCAGCGUCACCUCCGGAGCGUGCGAGCAGGAGAGCGCGGCUACAGAAGUGAUCGUAACAACGGAAAUCACAAUGGAGGCUGUAACUGGUGCGUCGGGCCCGAGAAGGUCAAGUCUAGUCUCCACUCUGACCAUCUACCCCAACACUUCCAGGUUCCCCAUCGGCUUCCCAUACACCGAAGAGCCUCCCUGCUCUCCGUCCCUGGUUGUAAACCUGACAGCGUCCGCUGUCACCAGCAGAGGGUUUCUAGUCACUUGGACGACAGACACCAGGGAAGAGCAAACCUUUACCGUGCGGGUGUCAGCGAGCGGCAGGGAGGUGAUCCAGACACAAACCCCCGAGCUGGAGUGGGCGGCGUCAGGACUGGAGCCGGGCACGGAGUACACGGUCAGCGUCACCUCCGGAGCGUGCGAGCAGGAGAGCGCAGCCAGAGAGGUCAGCGUGACAACAGAACCCACUCCAGGUAGCAGCACAGCCAGAGCAUCCAACGCUGAACCUGUCUCUACAAUGACCGUCUACCUGAACAAAUUUGGAUUCCAAGCCACCUUUCCAUAUACAGAGGUGCCUCCGUGCUCUCCAUCCCCGGUUGUAAACCUGACAGCGUCCGCUGUCACCAGCAGAGGGUUUCUAGUCACUUGGACGACAGACACCAGGGAAGAGCGAACUUUUACCGUGCGGGUGUCAGCGAGCAGCAGGGCGGUGAGCCAGACACAAACCCCCGAGCUGGAGUGGGCGGUGUCAGGAUUGGAGCCGGGCACGGAGUACACGGUCAGCGUCACCUCCGGAGCGUGCGAGCAGGAGAGCGCGGCCAGAGAGCUCAGCGUGACAACAGAACCUUCUGCUCCUCCCUCACUGCCGGGCACGAAGACCUCGGCGUCCGAGCCAGCUGCUGCGAAACUGGUCGUGGGAUCGGUGACGGUGACCUGCAAAGCCCACGAGAUUUCGGUCUCGGUGCCGAGAUGGUGGCUGGAGGAGAUGGACAUCCCCGAAUCCUCUCUGUAUCUGGGGGAGCCGCCGUGCAACCACAGCGUCGCUAACCUGACCCACGUGGCCCUCAGAGUGGAAUGGACCGAUUGUGCCACUCGGUUAUCAGACGUAAGCAGCUUUGUUUCAAACAGAAUUUUGACCCUACUUUCUAUCGGGGGCUUUAUCCCUGUGUCGAGGCCAGCUAUCCUCCAGAAUGGCACCCACACAGUGGUAAGAACCACACUGCAUAACGCUCCUUCCUCGGACGCCUCAUCUGCUGGCGGUGACCUCCAGGUGCCUGUGAUGUGCAUGUUUGACAACAACCUCUUGUCUGCUAACGACAACCAGAAGAGGAUGAACGUAAUGGAUGUGCACGGUUGGGGGAAUUACGUGACCCACGUUCAGAUCUUCAGUGGGAACCGACCGCUGGCGAAUGAUUCCAUCCUGACAUCGAACAAGGAGUUGGUCGUUCAUCUGUCCACCGAGGCUUCGGACAGCAGGGCCAGGCUGGUCUUGGCAGAGUGCUGGACAUCCCCGGCCAAUGAUUCAGUCAAUGAGGUCACACAUGCUCUGAUUCGAAACAGGUGCCCAGUUCCAGAGACACAGGCGAUGGUACUUGAAAACGGAAACUCCACCUCAGCGAGAUUCAGUCUGAAAAUGUUUUCGGUCGUUCAGAUGCCUUUCUGCUACUUACACUGCAAGGCUCAGAUCUGCUUAGAAACCAACAAUGCCACAUGCAAACCAGUAUGUAUGACGAUGAGAGUUUUUUCUUGUCAGAAGGGUUUCUGA